CGUCGCUGCAGAGACUUGGCUGCGUUUGCUGGUUGGCGAGCUGGAAAAUGGCCAGCAGUCCAGGAAGUGAUGUUGCUUUCUUCAAUCAGAAAUCGAUGCUUUCAGAGAGUUCUCGAACAAAGAAAUUUCCGUUAACUGAAGAGGAGAUAUUUUACAUGAAUUGUAGAGCUGCUUACCUAACUGUUUUCAAGAGUAGCUUAGAGAAUAUUGUUUCUAAAGAUCAACUUUAUUUAGCUCUUCAAUAUGCAGGAAGAAAUCCAUCCCAAAAGAUUAUCAAUAAAUAUUGGACUCCUCAAACUACUAAACUGAAUUUUGAUGAUUUUUGUAUAAUUUUAAGGAAGGAAAAAUCUACUUCAAAAACAGAACUUCUAAAAUCAUUUAAGAAGUUAGAUGUAAAUGAUGAUGGCUCUAUUUUACACACUGACCUUUAUAAAAUUCUAACAAAGAGAGGUGAAAAGAUGACUCAGGAAGAAGUAAAUGCCGUAAUAAGUUUGGCUACUGUAAAUGCUGAUGGCAAGUUUAAUUACAUAAAGUUUUGUAAAUUAUAUAUGACAACCAAUGAGCAGUGCCUCAAGAGGACAUUAGAAAAGCUGGAGGUUGACAGUAAACUAAGGCGUCAACAGUUUGGAAGCCACAGUGAAAGCUCCCCUGUAAGGGAGCCAUCGCCAGCACCAAAACCAUCGCCUAGAACCCUAAGAAAGAUGCGUCAGGAACCAUUCUCAAAUAAAGGUGAUGCUAUGAGUUCUUUACUAUCAACAACUAGAAAGUUCAAAACAUCUAUUUCCUUCACAAUUACCAUGGGUAAUAGUAACCGAAAUGCAAAGUUAACCGAGCCAAACUCACUAAAGGAGUGGCAAUGUGCACAAUCAAAAGGUUGCUUCUUCUUAGAAGAAGACAGUGAAAUCAUUAGUCAUCAUUACAGGAUGCAAGUAGCUCAGAGGUCCAUGGUUUAUAUAACAAUUAAGCCACUAAACUUGAGUCAAGUCGAAGGAAAACUAUCUCCUUGGUUAUCAAUUGAUACUACUUUGUAUAUCCUCAAAGAGAAUGAGAACCCAGAAAAUCUGCAGCUGGUAUCUUUUACUGAACUGCGAAAUAGAGAAAAGGUGUUUGGGUGGACUGGUGAGCUAGAACCAGGAAUAUACUGCCUAAUUCCUUCCACUACUGGCUGUAAGUUGAAGAAAGAAAGAAACCCAAUACUAGAAGAAGCCCAACUUGUAUACAGAGAUGAAAUGGGGGAAUUAUCGCUUACAAAGGCAUUUAGGUCAACCUUAUUGGAUAUAUUUGAAGUUAUUGAUUUAGAUGGAAAUGGUCUUCUUAGCAUUGAAGAGUAUAAUUUUUUUGAAUUAAGAACAAGUGGUGAGAAAUGUGAUGAAGAUGCUUGGGCUGUGUGCAAAGAAAAUUUUGAUACAAAGAAGAAUGAACUAACAAGGCAAGGGUUUAUGGAUCUCAAUCUUAUGGAAGCUAAUGAUCAAGAAGGUGAUCCAAGUGACCUGUGGGUAACUCUACACUCAAUGGGCUACAAUAAAGCUCUGGAGCUGACAGAGGCAUGUCCAUUUGUCAUUGAUAUUUAUGCUGAAAAGUGCAAGCCCAAAAUUAAAGCUGUCCGUAUGGAGGCAAGCAGUGGGCAACUUGAGAAGGCCAUUUGUAAAUCUGUCCUCAAUAAAGGCGAUGCCAGAGUAAUGGAUGGCUAUGAAAAUAUAAUCGUGCAUACUUACAAAUAUGACACCUGGAUAACGUCAGUUAUUGAAAACAAGUCAGAAAAUAAAGUGAUUAUUCAUAUCAACAAUGAGCAAAGUAAAAACUGCAUUAACAGUAGAGGACUCAACAUAUUUGCAGUGGAAGUGGCACCAAAAUCUACAAUGGUGUGUCAACAUGUAAUGCCUCUGACUGAAGGACAAGAAUGGAUAUAUAAUUGUGUGUAUUCUCUCAUAUCUUAAAUAUUAUAAUUAGGAAAUAAUUCUGCUUGAAAUUAUCAAACUAAGAAGUUAUUUCAGAUUGAUCCUGUUAUUUAUCAAUUAAGUUCUUAUCAAUCUAGCUAAUGUACAUAAAUAAUUGAUUUGUAUUAUUUCCAUAUUCUUUCCAUAAUUAUAUUUUAUUAUUAAAAUGUAAAUAUUGUUUAUAAUGUAUAGCCUUCUUAUUAAUUGAAGUGAAGAAAUUUAAACACAUUUUAUGACUAGUAAUUUUAAAAUUGCAGAUAAACGUUAGAAACUAAUACUCAAUGAACUCAAUUAAAUCAUAUGCAUUCUUGAUUUAUCUUCCUCAUUAAAAAAAAACUAAAAGAAAAUAUAAAUGCAAAAUAGCCAUUUGACCUUACAUUUAAUUUUCUAAUCAGAAAAAAAUUUUAAUCAACAUUUGGCAAAAUUAUUUUUUUAUUAAAGUGGGAAAAUUUUAGAAGUAUUUUAUUCUAACAGUAGUUUUUUUUAGCCUUUGCUGUAUUGACUGGAGGCUUAUAGAACAGAUAAUCAGUUUUACAGUCAACAGUUUAUAUGCUUUGUUUCUUCUCUUAUUCCCUGAAUCCCCUCCAUGUAACAUCACCCAUCCCACCUCCUCCCUGUAUUCUGUCCCCAUUCCUCCUCCUUUCCUAACCCUUCUGAACUUUGUCCUUGGGUAAAUGCUGGCCCUUCCUUCCAAAUGGUCAAAUAUUGUAAGGUGUGUAUACUUUAGUAGUAUUAUUGCCUAAAAGUAAUUUUAAAAUAAAUUGAUUUGUGCAUUAUUUUUAAGUAAAUAUAUUUUAAAUGAUGGGCAUUAAAUCAAUGUAAUCUUUAAUAGAGCAAUACAAGGGAAUGAAAGACUAUGUUAAGCCCUAAAGAGUUAUUGAUAUUAUAUGAUAUAUAUCAAUGUAUCAGUUAUCAGUAUGAUAAUAAUAAUAUUUAGCCAAUCUAUGUCAACUUUUGAAAUUUGAAUACCAUUAUGGCAGUGUAUAUUAUUUUUAUGCCCACUACAUACUAACCGUUAGUUUAACUGUUUGACUUAGACAUCUGUAAAGUGGGUUGUCAUUAUCUAGCAGUUGGAAUUCUUCAGAUGUUGUGUCUUUAAAAAAGUAAUGAAAUGUGGACGUGUAAGAUAUGACAAAAUAAUAAUAAUUUAUAAGUUAUCAUGGGUUCAUGAGGGAAGGGGC